AUUUCGCCCUUUACUGAAAAUCGAAACCAACAAAAAUAAGAAGCCUCUAUAUUCGUAACUUGCGUUAAACUAUAGAAAUGAAGAGUGAAUAAGAGGGGAAAAAACCAAUGGCUUCAUCAUGUCUGAAUUCUUUAAUUCUACCACCUUGUUCACUUCCUCGUAGAGUAGCAGAGACUUGUGCUUCUUUAUCUUCUUCUUAUCCCGCGUUAAAUCCUACUAGCAGCAGCACAGGAGGAGCCUUGAAGCCUAUAGUUAUCAAUGGAGACCCUCCUACUUUUGUCUCUGCUCCUGGUCGCCGUAUUGUAGCUGUUGGAGAUGUUCAUGGAGAUCUUGACCAAGCAAGAUGUGCGCUUGAGAUCGCUGGCGUACUGAGUUCUGAUGGUCAAGAUUUAUGGACUGGUGGAGAAACCGUAUUGAUUCAGCUUGGAGAUGUACUUGAUCGAGGUGAAGAAGAGAUAGCAAUACUGUCCUUACUACGCUCAUUGGAUAUUCAGGCAAAAGCUCAAGGUGGAGCUGUUUUUCAGGUCAAUGGGAAUCAUGAGACUAUGAAUGUGGAGGGAGAUUUUAGAUAUGUUGACUCGGGGGCAUUUGAUGAAUGUUCAGAUUUCCUGGCCUACUUGGGAGACCACCAGUACAACUGGGAAAAUGCUUUUCUUGGCUGGAUUGGAGAGUCUAAAAGGUGGAGAGAAGAUCGAAAAUUGUCUCAGAAUCAGUGGGGUCCUUGGAAUCUGGUGAAGAGGCAAAAGGGGGUAAUUGCCAGAUCAAUCUUGUUGAGACCAGGUGGUCCAUUAGCAUGUGAAUUGGCGCGGCAUGCAGUUGUGCUCAAGAUCAAUGACUGGGUAUUCUGUCAUGGUGGCCUCCUUCCUCGACAUGUUGCAUAUGGCGUUGAAAGGAUGAACUAUGAAGUAUCUCACUGGAUGAGAGGUGUAAGUGAGGAUGAUACUAGUCCUAAUUUCCCGUUUAUAGCCACAAAGGGUUUUGAUUCUGUUGUUUGGAACCGCUUAUACUCAAGAGACAUGCUGGGUUUGGAGGGCUAUCAGAUUAACCAGAUACAAUCCGUUCUUGAAGAGACGCUGCAAUUGCUUGGAGCUAAGGCAAUGGUGGUAGGGCAUACUCCUCAAACUACAGGCGUAAAUUGUAAAUACAACUGUAGCAUAUGGUGCAUCGAUGUUGGAAUGUCCAGUGGAGUUCUAAAUUCAAGACCAGAGGUGCUUGAAAUAGUAGAGAACAAAGCAAGAGUAAUAAGGAGCAAAAGGGACAGAUUUAGUGAACUUCAGGCUGUUGAUUAUACAUAAAGAGAAGCAAAUGAAUUGACCAGGAAUACACCUACCUUGACUUUUUUUGUGGCAGAUUCUCUUCCCAUUGGUUAAAUUGUUUUGUAAUUAAAAGAAAUAGUUCAACAUCAAGUCAGCAGGAGAAGUGGAAAUUCAGACAAAAAGUCCAAAGUAAUUACGCGCAUAGACGGGAUGAUAUACGGGGAACCAGCCUUCAUAUUGUUGUCUAAUGAAGUUAGUAUAUAUUAGUUUGUAAUAAGAUCAGAAGCAGGCUAGUGAUUGCCACAUAAAAAUUGAUCUAUAUCGAGCAAGAAUAAUAGCACUAGCAGGCUCCGGAGAACAUAUCAAGGCAAGGCAGACCUGGUUGCGGAGAUAAUGUCUGGCCUCCCCGUUAUUUUCCCUGUGGCUACAUAUUUGUAUCAACGAACGCCAUGGUACAUGCAAUUUAUCCACUAUAUUGCUUUUCUUUUUUGGCA